UUGUAGAAAGCUAUUCGUAUCACUUUCCAUGACCUUCAACUAAAAUGGACAGUAGAAAAUAGAAACUUGCGGUUAAUGUUUGCUAUAAAAUGAAGCACAUCUAAACAAGUGAUCACAGUGUUCAGAAUGAAGCUGGGACUGUUCAUCUUUCCAAUUCUUGUCUCCUUCAUCACCGUCUUCACAGUAGGAGCUUCUCCGGCCGCAGAUGAUGAAGCACAAAUGUUGGAGGAGAUGAUGGAUGAAUUGUCGCAUGCCGCUGCACAGGCAAGACAUGUGAGAUCUAGUGAGGAUUGGGAGAGGAGUGAUGGAAGAGAAAAACGUCAAUGGCCAGAUUCCCAUGGUCGUCCAUAUUAGGCCCUGCAGCCUUUUCAUGGAUCCUCUCCAAGGAGAAGAAAUCAAUUCAUGGAUCCGGGGUUGAUACCAACCACUCAUCACCAGGAAAAGUAACAGCGGAUAUUGGGGUUUGGAGAGCUUCACUAUGCGAUUAAUCCACUUAGUAUUAUCAUAACCAAUGCUUUUAUGUUGGAAAUAUAAUAAAAAAAUGAAUAAAUAAAUUUUUCUGUUCUCUGAAGAAAUUUGGAUUAACAGUUGGUUCCAUUUUCUAUGCUUGAAAUUAUUCUAUUAUUUGAAAUGCUUCAAUACUGAAGGUUGGAAUGCUUCACGAAGCGAUUGAUCCAGAUAAUUUUCCAGUUCUGUAAGAAAUUUAUAGUUACAGUUAAUUCUAUUUCCUAUGCAUGAAAUUAUUCUAUUAUUCCAAAAUGCUCAUAUUAUUCGACUAUGCUCAAAAUAAGAAGUCACAGUUGAUCAUAUUAUGAAAAAAAGAUUGUUACAAAACUGUUGUUUUGAUUAUAUUAUAAUUAUGCUUCUGCACACGAAAUAA